AUGGGCCACAGGGUUCUACGCCAUAUAUCAAGCUUUCAUUCAUCGCUGACACUCAGUAGCAAACAUUCGCAUGUUUGGGAUAUAUUUGCAUCGGUAGCUCUUGUAAGGCCACCUUUUACUGCACCACCAAUGAGUGAUAUUGAAAAACGUUAUCACGAUUUUAUGCUUCAAAGGGAAUUGGAAGACUCACUUCGAUGUGAUUUUGAACUGCGGCAGUUAAGAGAUGAACGGCUUCUUAAGGAAAGAGCAAGAUUGAAAUUGGGUGGUGAAGAAGCUAAUCCAGAAGAAGAAAUAGGAAUCCUAGCUUCCGUAGACGAAGAGAACUGGCGGAAGGAGGCAGGUCGAAUUCGCAAAAAGCUUGCAAUUGGGGAUCUCACCAAGUUUUCAAAAGCUGAUACCAGAAGCUUGCAAAGGAAAAUUGAUGAAUUUCUUGUGCUUAUUGUAUGUCAGAAAUUUGGACGGAAGGACGGUUAUCGUUCGCCGUGGCAUUUACCUCAGUUACGAAUUCUUCCAGGCGAAUCACUGAAGCAAACUUCAGAGCGCUGUCUCAAGGAACUAUUUUCCAUUGAAAUUCAUGGAAAAGGAAUAAACAGUGCACCAUUUUCCGUCUAUUUUUAUUGCUACCCUGCUCAACUACGGCAACGAUUAAAAACACAUUCACGAGGUGCUGCGGUUUUUUUCUUCAAAGCAUUAUAUAUGAAUCGUGUUCCGCUGGUGGCCAACAAAGACGAAGUUGCAGAUUACAAAUGGGUCAAUGCAGAAGAAUUUGCUGCAAGCGUAAGACAUAAGAUGUCUUAUCUUCGGGCUUUGUCAACUCUUUUCCCUUCCUAUCUUUUAGCGAAAAACAGCUUUGAAUAUGCUGAAGAAACGAAAUCUCACAAAACUCGGUCAGAAACAGAAGUACUGAAAUAGUCGUCUUCGCAUUGUAAGCUUAGUUUUUGAUUAACUAGUUUUUAUUUUGAGAAAGUGCUCCAUAUUGUAUACAAGAAUUCCUGGAUAUUUUGAACUUUUCACUUGUUUUUCCGAAUGAUUAAAAAAAUGGGG